AUGGGAAGGUACAAGGAGGUUUAUCCACGUAUUAUGCUAAUUCCGUCAAUCCUUGUACUCAUUGUUUGGGUAUCAUCGGCAACAGAUUACACGUAUGAUGAAUUCACAUACCCAGAUGAGUGUCCUGGAGCAAAAAAAAACUACAAACGGUUAUGGACCAGUAGUCCCGCUGACAAUUAUAGUAAAGAAAGUUCGCGAGAACGACAAAUGAUUGCAGAUAUUGAGGAGUAUCAUGACACUAACUAUUUUGCCAAGAAUGCUGAAGAAUUCGUGGACAAAGGAAAUCAGAGCGAGACUCUUCUGGAAACAGACAGGUGGAAUUUGUCUGCUAAAGACCACCAAACCGUCUCCAUUGUACUUCCGAGUUGUUUGACCGUGGGCUUUUUGCCGAACCGAUUGGAUACGAUGAUAUCAAGAGUCACUCCCGCACUCCAAGAAGGCCCUGCAUUCAGACCAGCCGAUCGGCUAGAGAACUGUCUUUCAUCUGUUGCUUUUCCUGCAGUUCAAGCUGCCCUCAGUACUAUACUUUGUGUUUGCAGCCUGUUAUUCGUCAACCUCUACAUGACUCAAAAAACACGCUCAUCAAUAUCGACAAUUGCACCAUCUACUGCGGCGAUGCUGAUGAAAGAAAAAUGCCAAGCCAGCAGUCGGCAAUUGUCUGAACUGAUGCAAGGAUGGGACCUGAAGAACAAUCCAAUGUGCUUGGAAAACGGUCCUGUCACACAGCAGACAUCGGACAGCGAAAAUCGUCUGAGAGACUUUUGCAAGCGGACAAAUCUCAUCAUUGCAUUCAUAUUUAAGAGGAAUCAUCGAUGCCAUCAGCUUACGUGGCAAGGGACAACCCCAUUAAUGCAAAAAGAGCAGCGAAAGCGGAAGGUGCCGACUCUCAAGCUUCAGCUCGAUUACGCCCUUUGUCACAUAUCCGAAGAUACGCGAUAUUGA